UUUUCGUAACUAUAAACACUUUCAGUUCAAGAAUCUGAUUGUUCAAUAUACGUUAUUCGCGCUACUUUUCUAAAUCACUUGAUACGGAAUUGUGAUCGUGAAAAAGCUAAUGUAGGCAAUAACAGAAAGAAGCGUGGAAAGUUUUUCAACAAAAACGCAAAACAAGCGGAUGUGUGAGAAGCAAUCACGGAACCAGUAAGGCAGACAAACACAAAAUUGAACAGCUGAGAAACCUUGAAAUAAAAUUUGUGAGUGUGUAAAAUAAACAUUAAUACGAAAAAAGGAGCCAGAUCGCAGUGAACAAUCGUUGAACCGGUUAAGUGUAGAAAUUACUGAGUAGAAUAGUGGUAAUACUUUUGAAGCAAAGAUGCCGUGGUAUGUUCCAUGGUCCGGCGUUAUAAAGAAGAAAGUAUGUCGGUUUCUUCUCCAGCGCUACUUGGGUCAGUUCCUGGAAGAGAAACUUACUCUGGAUCAGCUGAAUGUAGAUAUUCGCAACGGCACCGGAACAGUUUCCGAUGUGACACUGUAUUGCCAGGCAUUGAACGAUAUCUGCAAAGGACAGGGUUGGGGAAUAGAAGUAAUUGGCGGACACAUUGGAGCAGUUACUGUAAACAUUCCUUAUGACUCUCCGCUGACCAAGAACAGUUCCAUUGAGAUAACAAAUCUGUCAAUUAGUCUCCGACCGAAAACCCGCUCGAAAGAUGGCACCUCAAUGUUCGAAUCGAUGUGGUCAUCUAUGUCCAGUUCAAUGCAGUUGGCCCAGGAGUGCCUGGAACGGGAUGGUGGCGCCGAGACACCAUCAGUUGCUUCGAAUAGUAUGGAAGGGCUGGAGAGGUUUGCGCUAGUCAUUGACAACGUACUUAACCGGGUGAAAGCCAGGCUGUUCAAUACGGAAAUACGCAUCGAAUAUUUACCUCCAGGAAGUGAUUGUGGCAUUGCACUCAUAGUCAAGAUUGACCGUAUCAAGUACAAGAACGAAGCUGGCGAUGAUCCACAAGAACGCAACGACACUUCAGACGAGGAUAGUAAUGCACAGCAGCAGCAAUCAAAACAAAAAGCUUUGCUGAUAUCAACACACGCCACACAUAAUAUUUGCAUGGAAGGCAUCACAUUUUAUACAGAAGAAUUUCGGAUAUACAAUCCGAGACAACACCAACAACAGCAGCAAGAUUGCUCCAGUAAAUGUGAUAAUUUGAUUGCCAGUGAGCAGUUUUUAAGCACUAUAUCGGAUUUACCGACGGAUUCAACCUUCAAAACGACAGGAGCAAACGCAGGAGGGAACGAAUUUGAUAGCUAUUCAAGCGUAUGUGAUAGUAGCAAUAUUAAUAGUAGUUUUAAACGAACCGAAAGUAUGGAAAGCGGCAGUGGUGUUUCACAAGAAAGCGACGAAUAUGAAGAAGACGCUAUACAGUACUUCCAUUCGGAAGCAGUUUUAGCUGGUAAAAUAACUUCCAAACAAGAAAUCCGCAUUAGAAUGAAACAGGCAGAUAAUCUAGUUGGGCCUAAUGUUGAACUGGAAAUGUCUCUGGGAUGUUUGCAAGUCUUUUUGUCACCGCGGCAGCUACAUGCACUUAAUCUACUUGGCAAUACUUUUUUGGGAUCUAACGAAAAGCCAGUUCCGGGCAAAUGCACUCCGCCUGAUUUGAAUUCUAAACCAAAACGAUUUGAAGAGACAGAAUUUGAAUUCAAACACAACAUUAGUCGCAUGUCUGGAGGGAUAGGCCUUAACCAAGGUUGGUCCUUAACGGAUCCUUUACAGGCAGUGAUUCAGGACCAGGCAGGAUUUCUGGAAAAUGAUUUUCGAGAAAGUGAACAGGUUUCAGUAAUGGCAGAGUCUUCCAAUAGCUCAAUGACUGGUUCGUUCGGAUCCUCAAGUAUGGCAUCACGGACAACUUCAGCUAGCAGAAGACGUAUUAUCGAUCCUGAUGCCGACGCCGAUAUAUCUAAGUUUAAUGUUAGAGUAGCAGCUGUGGCAUUCGUUUUGUUACACGAGGAUAUUUUGGUGGAAAGUAGUCAUACAAAUUAUCAGCAGUCUCCAUUGAGUGAGGCAAGCGUACAAAAAUUGUACGCCAAGACUGAACACUUUUUUAUGUCUGUGGUUAAUUUAGGCCUAGGAGUUGGUGCUAACGACAUACUAAACGCUGGUCUUAUAAUGGAUGCCGCUUGUGAUUGCAGUCAUUUGCGGUUGCUUAUGGCACCUGUUAUACUGGAGGGAGAAGAACAACGAAAUCGACUGGGAACUGUUCUACGUUUUUCAAUUUCUAUUGCCAGAGCAGAUCUUCGUGAAAUUUUAACAGACGUUUCUGUACCGCUAAUCGAGUUCUACCGUGAGAAAAACUUGGCUACAUUGCCAAAAAGACCAGAAAUACUUGUAAACUUUAAGCAAACGUCAAACGUUCUUAAAGGAUCCGGUGGAAUACGAUACACUCCUCCCAAAACAGAUAUUCGCCUUUCACUAGGUGCAUUUCUUACCGAGUUUGACAUAACAAUCCUGGAUCGCCUGAGCUCUUUAAUUUAUCAGAAUCCCUUCACUAUUUACUAUAACCAAUCGACCCCAGUGAACUCACCGACAUCAUCAGGUGUACCGGGAUCAAUAAAUCGAAAAAUGGAACCAAAAAGCGAAAUUCAUUUUGAUGCUCCAUCAGUUGACUUCCGAUUGCGUUUUCCAAUUCCUGAUUUGAGGCCUAUUCAUGAUCCACAACGAAUUCCCUGGUGGCGUCGCAAUAUACGACCGGAUUUUAUACUGAUCAGCCUCCAACAAGCACGUGCCACCAUAGCACUGAAUCCACAUCCUCUGUAUGAUAUUUCGGCAAACGAAAUUCAGUUCUUCUACCACGAACCAAAUGCGGAUAGUGUAAAUAUUGGCAAAGCUGUGAUGACAGAUAAUGUUUUAGAUGGUAAGUUUUCCGAUCAAAGGAAGCAGGAGAGAGCAGGAGUAGAAUUCCCGCGAAUAGUUAUAGAAAUUCCAAGCGAUACUGCCAUUCAGCAACAACAGGAACAAAGCGAGCAAGAAAAAAAGCAGCAACGUAAAGGUGCCAGCCAAUGUGAUGAAAGCGAUAGUGACCCAACAUCUAGUGAAAGCAUUGGCAUUAAGACGUACAAAACUAAAGCCGAUACACCAUUUAGCGCCAAACGUGUGUGUAGAGAAAGCGACACCCCUCAUUCUAAAGCCCCAGCAGGUGAUCCAGAAACUCUUACUCUGCCUGGUGAUUCGGAAGAAAUAAACACAUUCUGCCAAGCUGCUAUGAAUUUAAGUAGGGUGCAAAUUAAAAUAGACUUCCCUGUCGUUAGCUUUCAAUUAAUAUCAAAACACCUCUACGAGGUAAUAUACAAUCGAAUAAGUACUGAUCUUUUAUUGUGGGAACCAAGUGCACCAGCAGCAUAUACAGCCGCAGAAGCUGGUGCCAAUUUGAGUGCGUCUAAGUUAGCAUUUGAAGAAUCGCCAUUCAACUUAGCAAAUAUGGGUAUGAUGGAUAGUAUUUAUGCCCCUUUUACAAUGUGCCAGAGUGCUGUUCAAUUAGAUUCCAGCUCGUCGACUACUAACUCCGAAACUGAAUCUGACUCGGACGGAAUAUUCUAUUCCGUAUAUGAUAGAAAUAAUCGUCGCUUAUCUGGAAGAGACGAUGAGCCAAAAUAUUCUGACCAGCGUCAUGACUAUUGUCAGCAGCACAGCAGUCGGCGUCGCCAACAGCAACAUAGAAAAUCGUUUGUGGACAGGAGCAGCGCUAUAGCUUUUCAGUUGAACGUUGGGCACGGUAUGCUAACAAUGUUUGCACCAGUCCGGGAUUCACAAAAUCAUGUUAUACCGGGGCAACUGGGUGAAUUUAUUGUUAAGCUACAAUCAUGUAGUAUUUUUUCUGUGAAUGGUUUUCAUGGAAAUAGUAACCUGGGGUAUUUAUGUAUUCAAGGUCAAUCAGCUGAAGUUUAUCAUUGUGGUUUGAUUCCCACACCCACUGCGAAUCCACCACUUCGAUUAGUGAACAGCGUGCUUCCAGCGCAUAUCUUCAGUACCCUUUAUCCGACACCUAAAAAUCUAACAUUGCAUGAGCAACGCGGUUGCCCAAAAAGAGGAAUGUUUUCAUUAGCCAUUCAAAUUAAGACUGUACCUGAGCAAAGGAUCAAGCGAAUUCGUAUGGCAGCGGGUGUUCAAGUAACCACUCUAAGACAUCACUCUACUUUACCACAGCACUCGUGGUUGACCCAACUGCUGGACAUGUUUGAUGUUGUAGAUUAUCCUGUGCAUGGAUACACUCCAUUUGGCGUAAUUACGGAAAUGCAUCUGCAUUUAUGGAGCUGCGCAAUCGAUUAUCGGCCGUUGUAUUUCCCCUAUAGAGCUGUUAUCACUAUUGGUUCGUUCAUGAUCAGCAGCAAUAUUACCACUGAAAGUUCGGGUUUAACGCUGCGAUUUAUUGCGGAAGAUGCAACACUGUGUUUAGCACCUCAAACUGCUUCGCCUUUGCCAACCGCGAAUGCAAAAGAGUGUCAGAAGAAAAGAAGCAAUAGCAGUGCUGGAAUACGCGACGAUAACAAAGUAACCGCAAUGCCUUCAAAUGCAUUAGUAUGCCUGGUUGAACUAGGAUUGUUUGAGAUUUCACUUCGUUUGAAUGAAAAAGCUACGAGUUCUUUCCCGAAGUUUGAUCUUCGAAUGACUAUGAAUGAUGUUCAUGUGCGAACUUGUGCUGAUUCUGGUAGAGCACUGGCCCAACUUAUUGGUUACUUGGCUGCAGAAGGUGACCUGUUAGCACAGGACGACCCCGGUUCAGAGAGUAAUAACGCAGGUGGUCUAGCGAUGGGCAGUGAACCUGAGGGCGAUUUGUUGCCUGUAAAACCAAAUUGCGCACCGGAGGUAACGCCCAAGCAGCAGCAAAGAGUCAACACUUUGAUGGCUGAAGCAAUGGAAGAAAGCCUAUAUGUUCAGAGUAACGUUGGUGAUCUGCGUGAUGAUCAGCUGCUAGCUGAUGGCGAAGGCGUGGAAGUAUUCUUUUUUCCCGAUGAAGAUCAAAGCCAGACUGCUGCAAGAAAAAAGUUGAUGAACAAUCUUGUUUCGGAUAACAGUAACAAAAGGCGUUUUACUUCCGACGACGAUUCGCUAAGCAUAGAGGAAGGAUCGAGUGUUCCGUCAUCCUACCAGGACGAUGAUCAUUACUUGAAGCAGAGACAAUUCGAUGAACAAUCGGAGGACACUGGUAGUGUGACUACCGAGAUGAGAGAUUUACUUAAUUUUGAAUGUUCUAUAAUGGGAUUAGAGAAAGAGCACGUUGUGGAUGACGAAGUGGUAGAAGCUUUGCCGCAGGUCACGAUGGAUCUCGGCGAUAUUAAUAAGUUUGACACACCAAAGCCGCUUACCAGAACGAACGAAUGCGACCAACGGAAGGUUAGCUGCGAUACAGAUGAUGAAUUCUGUUUCAUAGCCGACGAAGAACGUCCUCACUGCGGCAAUCAAGAAGUUCCGACACUGGAGGAUCCUCUACGUAUAAUAGAUAACCAUUUUAGUCUUCCUGCGGGGAAACCAGAUUUGCUGUUGGCGCCCAAAGAAUUCCCAAUGGCAGUUACUAGAUAUACAAUAUGCGAAAUGUCGGUGGCAUGGCAUUUAUAUGGUGGGCACGAUUUUCCAACUGAAGAAGAUAAGAAAAAACCUAAGACAACAAAGGUGAACUUAGAAAAUAAUUUUGCGCAUUUGCCGAUGUCUGAAGCGUACAAGUCUGGUGUUAGUUACUCCAAAGGUUCGCCAUCGGUUUGCUUUGGACCAGCACUAACGCAAAAGCUAACAUGGAAAAAUCGUGGUGGACCAGAACGAAGGCAUGAUAUAUUGAUGGAGGUUCAGCUAAAUAAAGUUAAAUUUUCGCACGAGGUUUAUCCAUCUAAUACGGAGCAGGCCUCCAGGCAGGUGCUUCUGAUUACCGAGGUAGAGAUUUUGGAUCGCUUGGCUGUAUCUGACAUAAAAAAAUUUCUCUACCAGUCAAGUGUAGGGCACCGAAAUAGCAAAGGACAUAAUCACAUGAUAGUCAUCAAAACGCUAAAUAUACGUCCAAAUCCUGCCCUCCCAGCACAAGAGUGUUGUUUGCGUAUAUCUGUGCAACCUAUACGCCUCAACAUCGAUCAGGAUUCACUUCUUUUUAUGGUGAAUUUCUUUAAUCAACUCGGUGGGGGUGGCGAUUUGACUGAUUACGGAAUACAGCAACAAUCACGCAGUAAUACAACCCACCAACAUCCAGUUAUGUCGGUUGAGCUGCCAGAGGCAGCGCAAGAGCUACAAGCCAGAAAAAUGGUGUCCGAAAAUUUGAUGCUUCUAAUUGACGAAGAAGAAAAAAACAAAGAGCAAUUGGAUACAAAUAGCGAAGCUGGAGAUGAUAAGCCUCCUAUUUAUUUCCGUAAUGUGACCUUCAGUCCAGAUGUUCCUAUUCGUAUUGAUUACCACGGUAAAAGAGUAGAACUAUCGCAUGGACCACUUGCCGGAUUACUGAUGGGCCUUGGGCAGCUACAGUGUUCUGAAAUUAGGCUGAAAAAAAUUUCCCAUAGGCUUGGUAUUUUGGGAAUUGACCGUUUGGGUGAUGUCUUGGUGAGCACUUGGUUACGUGACAUUAAAACACAACUUCCUAAGAUUCUUGGAGGUGUCGGGCCUAUGUAUUCACUGGUACAACUGGCUCAAGGAAUACGGGAUUUAAUUUGGCUUCCAAUUGAACAAUAUCAAAAGGACGGUCGUAUUGUUCGGGGCCUUCAGCGUGGAGCACAAAGUUUUACGGCAAGAACCGCGCUGGCGGCAUUGGAAAUUACCACCAAAAUUAUUCAGUUGAUACAGGUAACAGCAGAAACUGCGUAUGACAUGGUUUCUCCAGGACCUUCCGUACGACGCGGCCGAGGAAACAAAAAAGGCAAAAGAAAACGGUUACAUCCUCCCCAAGACAUUCGCGAGGGUAUGACUAACGCUUUACAAAUCGUAAAGGAGGGUAUAAGUGAUACAGCACAUAAUUUGGUCGAAGUGACGGCUUUGGAACAUGAUCAAAAAGGCUAUACUGGUGCUGUAGGAGCUGUAAUGCGUCAAAUUCCUCCGAUAGUUGUUCAACCAAUUGUGCUAGCUACACAAGCUACCAGCAACGUGCUGGGCGGAGUCAAAAAUCAACUUGUACCAGACGCACGAGCCGAGGCACGGGAAAAAUACAAAGACGAUGUGGAAUGAACAUUACAAGAUCUAACCUGUAUGAUAUUUCCUAGCAGAGUUUUAGAAGUUCCGUCUGCGAUACAAAAUAUCUUUCGAGAUGAAACUUUUACGUAAGAUUUCGCAAAAUAGGCAACUUACAUUUUCACUUUUUUAUCUAUGAACUUAUAUCAGCUAUAGCGGAAGUAGACGCUUCUAAACGAAACAAAAGCAUUGUGAUAAAUUUAAAUUUGCUCUACCAAGCAUGAUAAUAAUAAUAAAUCGCAAAAUUGCACCAACUACAGUAAUGGAAUAUGAUAGAUGGCAAAACUCUCUAAAAUUUAUUCUCUCGAGGCAACGUUUAUCCUACUGCAGAAGAAGCUCUCUUCUUGUAAGUUGAAGUUAAGGUGUAGAGAACAUCUAUAUUUUCUGAAGUAAUAUCCCUAUAACAUAUUUUCUUAAAAAAAACGUUUUUAUCUACAGGAUGAGUGAUAGGUAACGAAACACGAGUGGCUUGGAGUGAGAAUUAAUUGAAUAAACUUUGUUUUUGAUCAGUCUUUUAAUGAAAGCCGCAUUAUUUUUUUUACUUAAUAGACAGAUUGUUUUGAUUAAUGUAAGCGCGUAUGAUAGAAGAUCAUUGAAGUAAAAAAUUUGAACUGGAUUCAAACUUGCAGCAGUUUGUAUUCACACUGACAAGAGUAAACACAUUUUGAAAUGAAAUCCGAAAGUAAAUAGAAAUAAAUAAAUAUUUA